AUGAACAGCAUCAACAGGGGCAGCAGCAGCAGCACCACCUCAAUCAGCAGCACGAACAGCAACAGCACUAACAGCGACAGCAGCAUCAUCAGCAGCAUCAGCAUCAUUAUUAGCAGCAGCAGCAGCAACAGCAACUGCAGCCGCAACAGCAGCUGCAACAGCAGCAACAGCAGCAGCAACAGCAACAGCAGCAACAGCAGCUACAGCAGCAGCAGCAGCAACAGCAACAGCAGCAGCAACAGCAGCAGCAGCAGCAGCAGCAGCAAAGUCUGA